GGAGACCACCCGCCCGCCACCGCCACCGCAGGCAGAGGGAGAAAGCAGUUACUACUCCUGCAACUGGUGAGACGACCCACACAACGCACACCCGCGCGCACGAAAGACGCACGCACAGCGACAGCCAACCGAGAGAGAGAGACCGACCAGCCGGCGCGGCGAUCCGAUCGCGAUGGCCACGGCGACGGCGGACCCGCGGAGCGGCUACUGCGCCGCGACGGGCGCGUUCCGGAGCAAGCGCGCGGUGGUGCCGCUCCCGGCGGACCGUGACCUGGACGUGGUCACCUUCCUGGCCUCCCGCCGCCACUCGGGCGUCGUCGCGCUCGUCGACGCCUCCACGGGCCGCCGCACCACCUUCGCCGACCUCUGGCGCGCCGUGGCCGGGGCCGCCACCGCGCUCGCCGCGCCGCCCUUCGGCCUCCGCAAGGGCCACGUCGCGCUCAUCCUCUCCCCCAACUCGGUCCACUUCCCCGUCGCCGCGCUCGCCGCCAUGUCGCUCGGCGCCGUCGUCACCACCGCCAACCCGCUCAACACCGCCGCCGAGGUCGCCAAGCAGGUCGCCGACGCCCGCCCCGUCCUCGCCUUCACCACCCGCGACCUCCUCCCCAAGCUGCCCCGCGGCCUCCGCGUCGUGCUCCUCGAGCCUCCCUCCCCCGCCGACGACCCGCGGAUCGUCGCCACCAUCGACGAGAUCUCCGCCACCACGCCCGACCCCGCGCGCCGACGGGACCGCGUCACGCAGGACGACCAGGCCACGCUGCUCUACUCCUCCGGCACCACGGGGCCCAGCAAGGGCGUCGUCGCCACGCACCGCAACCUCAUCUCCAUGGUCCAGAUCGUCAUGAACCGCUUCCGCCUCGAGGACUCGGACACCACGGAGACCUUCCUCUGCACGGUGCCCAUGUUCCACGUCUACGGCCUCGUCGCCUUCGCCACCGGCCUGCUCGGCUGCGGCGCCACCAUCGUCGUGCUCUCCAAGUUCGAGCUCCCCGAGAUGCUGCGCUGCAUCACCGCCUACGGGGUCACCUACCUGCCGCUCGUGCCGCCCAUCCUCGUCGCCAUGGUCGCGCACCCCAAGCCGCUGCCGCUCGGCAACCUGCGCAAGGUGCUCUCCGGCGGCGCGCCGCUAAGCAAGGAGCUCAUCGAAGGCUUCAGGGACAAGUACCCGCAGGUGGAGAUCCUGCAGGGGUACGGGCUGACCGAGAGCACGGCCAUCGGCGCGUCCACGGACUCGGCCGAGGAGAGCCGCCGGUACGGGACGGCCGGGCUCCUGUCGCCCAACACCGAGGCCAAGAUCGUCGACCCGGAGACAGGCGAGGCGCUGCCGGUGAACCGCACCGGCGAGCUCUGGAUCAGGGGACCCUACGUCAUGAAAGGAUACUUCAAGAACACAGAGGCAACACAGUCGACGGUGACGCCCGACGGAUGGCUCAAGACCGGUGACCUAUGCUACAUAGACGAGGAUGGGUAUCUCUUCGUGGUGGACCGUCUGAAAGAGUUGAUCAAAUACAAAGGCUAUCAGGUGCCUCCAGCAGAGUUGGAAGCUCUUCUGCUGACCCAUCCAGAGGUUUCCGAUGUCGCUGUUAUUCCGUUCCCAGACAGGGAGGUCGGUCAGUUCCCGAUGGCCUAUGUCGUGAGGAAGAAAGGGAGCAAUUUGUCAGCGCAGGAGGUGAUGGAGUUUGUGGCGAAACAGGUAGCACCUUACAAGAAGGUGAGGAAGGUGGCGUUCGUGACAGACAUCCCCAAGAAUGCGUCUGGCAAGAUACUGAGGAAGGAUCUUAUCAAGCUCGCGACCUCCAAGCUGUGAAAUGUGGACCGUUAUCCUGCUCUGUGUAUUAUCCCUUGAAGUGUCAAUUGGUUCAUCCUUGGAUCUUCAUCAUUGUACAACUAUUGUUUUCUUUUUGCCCUUCGUCCCAAUAGCCCUCUGACUAUCUGUAACUGAAGGAUCUCAGCGGCUGUGUACUAGUACAUGAGGUCUCUGUGUAAAUUGGUUCUAUAUACAAGCUCUGUUGUACCUAGACUUGAACAACCAAAUCCAAAAUAAUUUCCGAGUUUGAGGUGCAA